AUGCUCUCGUCGCUUACAGAUCCAGGAGCGCCUCACCAAACAGGUUGCUUAUGCCGUUAUGGAUAUCGUGAAGCCUCGAGGUGUUGCCGUCAUUAUGGAAUGGAGCCACCUGUGCAUGGUGAUACGUGGCGUUGA